AUGUCUUCUGAUAAAAAAAUUACUUCUGAAUUGAUAACAACCAAUCAACAUAUACCUUCAAUAUAUAAUGAAAUUAUUUAUCCAAUUAAACAAUCUGAUAGAUUUUCUGAAAAAUUUAUUAAUGAGUAUAUAUUUCCAAUGUAUAGUAGAAUAAUUAGGCAAACUGAAAAUCCUGAUAAAAUUACUGAUUUAUUGGCAUCAUUGAAUAAUUCAAAAUUUACAGAAGAAUUUAAUACUAUCAUUGUACCAAAUACUUAUGAUUCUAAUAAUACUUUAUCUUCUUUUUACAAAACAAAUUAG